GUAAUGAAUUUCUGCAGGUCUCCUGCUCUUUCUUCCCUCGCCUUCCAGGCUCCAGCUGGGGAAGGGAGCAGGUCCUGUGCGGCCGGGAGAGGCGUGUGCAGCCCUGGCUGCAGACACAGCCUCCCUGUUUGGCUCCUGGCAGGGUGGGUGCAUGGGUUUUUCCCUGCCGUUUUUGUUUCUUGUGGAGCUGCCUUUUCAGGCGGUUACACCCUGCUAUCCCAGGAAGCUGACUGGAAUUCAAAGGCUCUGCCAGUCCUUUGGCACUUUCUUUGUGCUGCAGGUUACAGGGACGGCUCCUGCAGCCUGGUGUCGACAGAGGGAAAGGUGUUCUCCCCUCCCAGACCAACCUGGGCACUGAGGUAAUUACAGGGCUGGGUUAAAUUGCCUCAAAGCCCCUCUGGGCCACUGCCUCUCCUCCCUGCAUUGAGCUGGCAGCAGCACCAGCUCCUACAGCAACAGAUUUCUUUUGGCUGUGUUUAGCUGGGCUCUCACAGCUCCCCUCGCCCCACACCACAUCCAAACACAUCCCAUAGGAAGGGACUGGUGCUCCUGCUACAGCCUCGACAGGGCUGAGGGCUUGCUGGGACAGCAGCAGGCAGGACAGAGGUCUGAUAUCCUUUGUCUUGUCAGCGAUGCCACCAAAAUGUCACUGUUUCAGGAGCCAGGCUCUUCCUGCUCCAGCUGGGCUGCCAAAUCCAGGGGUGCAGCCCCCCUGUUCCCAUCGAUGUGCUGGUGUUAGGUGGGUUGUUUUAUGGCUUAAUGACACCUUUGCACUGCAGUGCUGGGGCUGGAGGUGUCACCAGCUCAAAUAUCGGGACCCUUUACUCCAGGCAGGGGAAAACAGUGUGGACCAGUGUGCUUUGUGCCGGGCCGGGGGAUUUCACAGCCUGCGCUCCUUGCAGGAGUUCAGCUGUGAAGCCCAGCGAGAUGAUUUGAAUAAUUUAAUACCGGGCUGUGACCAAGCCUGGCGAAAGGGUAAAGGAAACAAAGAGGCCCCCAGCCCCGAGCAACAAAAGCUCCUGAAACUACAAGCCGAGGCAUGUCCACACUGCCGGAGGCAGAGAGCAGCCUGGGCAAAUAGGCCAGUUGCAUUCCUCACGUCUGCUGCUUUGUUUCCCUGCAGAAGCUCCUGGUGAAAUCUGCAGGUCUCAGGGCUUCUCCCUUUAUCCUUGUUUUGUUCCCGUGUUCUGUGGAGCUGGUGGUGGAUCAGCCGUGUCCCUGUGGCUCUUCCUGCUAAGGAAGGCAGAGCCAGAGGGGAGUGAGAAGGGGAGGUGUGGGAUGAGGCUGCCUGUCCCCUUUUGUGCAUCUUGGUGUGGGUCCCCUCUGGCCAUUGUCACCCAGGGAAAAGCUGUCCCCGUUCCCAGUAAGAUCCUGCUGACCUGGAGCUGUUGCUGUCAUCAGGAAACAGCCCAAACCGCCUGCUGAUCCCAGAGCUGAUUUGUUUUGAUUCCAGCACCUCUGUCGAGGUCGUAUCCUCAUUCCCACGAGGCUUGGCAGAAUUGGCAGAAGGUGCAGCUGCCAUCCGUCUGUCCAGCCGCCUCACUCCCUUUCCCCCACCCUCCCUGGGCACGAGGCCCCAGAAGCAGGGAGAGGACUCUCCCCACUCCUUUCCCUGGGGCAAAACGCUCCACCUUAACUUCUUUAGAAGCCAGAGCAGUCAGUUUUCUGUCCCUCCAGUUUAAGUUAAAUACAAGGAGGAGGGAUGGAGCAGGAGUGCAGACCAGGGAGAGGCUGGGGAAGAGGACAAGAGGCCUCUCCAAGCCCAGAUGGGUUCAAGGAGUGACCCAUCAUAGGGGACAGGGAACAUAUCGCCUCCACAAAGGGAAUUGCCCCAAGUGUCACCUUUGUGUGAGACAAAUGCCUGGCUGUGAUGCUGAGUGCGGGGAGGGCUUUCCUUAGGGAGAGGGGAAAAGGAGGGAUCUUUGUUUGCAGGGUCUGACACCUCCCAGCCGCCCUGCCGGCACAGCCAGCACCUUCUGAUGGCUUUGUCAGCUCCUGGCUAAUUAGCAGAGAUGCUCUUCAGUGAGGUUAGGGAAGAAUAAUUUUAAAAACAUCAAAGAGAAGCAGUAAAUAAUGAUAAAAGUCGGCUGUUUCAUGCCUGGCAUUGGAGGCACAGGCUGUCUAAGCUUACAAGACUGAUGUGUCCUGUCUUUGGUGGUGGAAACACCAGGAGUCCCAUCACCCCCCGGGAUGCCAAGGGCCUUGUCCUUUUGGCCUGAACCUUGUCUCAUAACUGUGUCCAGGGACAGUUUUUAGUCAGGGCCAGGUCGUAGUAUGUCAGGGACAGUGUCUGGGAUAGUGCCUAUCUCUUGUUGGAGGCAGCCUGGCUCCAGGGCAUGCUGGCACAUAGUGGCAGAACCAGCUGGACCAUGUGGCUGUUGGUAGAUCCUGCCCUUGGGGAGUCACAGCCCUGAGCAAACCUGGCUGGGGAGCACCUCAAACCCAGCUCGAGGUACCUGCUGCACCCCACUGCUCCCUGUACAGUUGCCCACUGUCACUUGUUUUUACAUGUUGGGUUUCCAGGCUCGCUGGGAGCUGGUUAAAGUUUAGCUCAGUGCUCUCCACCAUCCAAGCAGGCUGCCAGCUACUUACCUCCCUCAGAAAAUCCCCUGCCACGACUGUUCAUGUUCAGUGUACACCAGCACAAGCUUCCCUGAUAUUUGGGAGCUAAAACCCCGUUGCAGCUCAGGCUGUGGCAGGACAACCUGCCACCCCUCAGGGUAACCACAGAAAUCAGCCCCCCAUCCCCUCCUUGGCAGCUCUGGCAGCAAGCAGGCGGGCUGCCUGCUUCCCCUCGGGCUGCUGGAGGGUUUUAUUUUAAGCAGAGCCUCUCAGGGAGAAGGGUAACGUGAGCUCCUUGAGUGACAAGUGAUAGAGCUCGAGUUGCUCAGUGUGUCCCCCAGGAAUCCCUCUCCUCUGCCAUUUGCUAAUUGAAAACUGCUAACAUUUGGGUCUGGAGCAACUGCUGCCCUUAAUGGGAAGCUGGCUGGAGUGAGCGUUGGUGGGACUAACACAUGCUCACAGCCUGUCAUCUGCUCAGCUCCAUCUCUGGGGAAAGGGGCAAAUACUCCCAUAUGCUGCUCUGAUUUCUGAAAGAGUGAUGAGGGGGCUAGAGCUAGACAGAUUUGCUUUUAUUCUCCCUCCUCCAGGCUCUUGCUCCGUUACAAACUGUGGCUGGAGGGUUGCUGAUGGCUGCAGCCUGGGGCAUGAGCUCCCAGCAAGACAAAGCCACAGGAGCUUGUUGUGUCCCCCCAUGCCUGUAGAGUGGGGGGCUCAGGGCAGCCCCUCCAUGUCCUGCUGUGGGUGAUGGCUGGACACAAGUAGCUCUCUGUGGGAGGAGUGUGUCUGGGAGCUGUAUCUCACCUCCAGCCUUGCUCAGGGGCACAACUGUGGCCCCGGGCUGCCUGCAGGAGUGUGAAGCCCCUGGGGCACCCCCGAGUAAAGAAAGAGACACAGGGGUAGUGAGGACAGCACAGUGUGUGCUCCAGGAGCCCAGCUCUGGGCCAGGGGAGGCUACAGUGUUGGGGGGGGCUCUGCAGAUUGUGCACAAGCCCCCAGGGUGGCCGUGUGCGAUGUGAUGUUGAUGCUCCCCAACUUCCUGGGGUGGCUGUCCCCAGUGCAGUGGGUCACAGGCCCUUGAGAUGACUGUUCCCAGCGUGGUGGGUACCAACUCCCCCGGGGGGGCUGUGCCCGGUGGGGUGCUCCCCAAGCCCCCAGGGUGGCUGUCCCCAGCGUGAUGGUCCCCAAGCCCCUUGGAGGGGCUGCCCCCGAUGUGACGCUCCCCCAGUCCUUGUCUGUCCCCGGUGUGAUGCUCCCCGAGCCCCCGGGGUGCCAGGACCGCUCCGCUCCCCCCCGUUGCGGCGGGGAGGCGGGGCGCGGGCAGGAGGCGGGCGCGGUGCCGUCCCCCGGCCCGGGGCGCAGGGGCGGGCUCAGGCCGAUCCCACCGCCCCGUCCGGCCCCGUCCGGCCCCCGGGCGGAGCCGGGCGCGGAGCGCGGAGCCGAGCGGGCGCGGGGCGGCGGCGGGCGCGGGGCGGCGGGAUGCCGGGCUACGACUACAAGCUGCUGGAGCGGCCGCGGCGGCGGGUGCUGUGCCCGCUCUGCGGGAAGCCCAUGCGGGAGCCCGUCCGCGUCUCCACGUGCGGCCACCGCUUCUGCGACACCUGCCUGCAGGAGUUCCUCAGCGAAGGUGUCUUCAAGUGCCCGGAGGACCAGCUGCCCCUGGACUACGCCAAGAUCUACCCCGACCCAGAGCUGGAGGCGCAGGUGCUGAGCCUGGCCAUCCGCUGCAUCCACAGCGAGGAGGGCUGUCGCUGGAGCGGGCUCAUCAAGCACCUCCAGGCCCAUCUCAGCACCUGUGGCUUCAACGUGAUCCCCUGCCCCAACCGGUGCAGCGCCAAACUGAGCCGCCGUGACCUGCCCGAGCACGUCCAGCACGGCUGCCCCAAGCGCCGGGUCAAGUGCGAGUUCUGCGCCAGUGACUUCACUGGGGAGGCCUUUGAGGGCCACCAGGGCACGUGUCCCCAGGAGAGUGUGUACUGCGAGAACAAGUGUGGGGCCCGCAUGAUGCGGCGCCUGCUGUCCCAGCACGCCCUGGCCGAGUGCCCCAAGCGCACCCAGCCCUGUACCUACUGCUCCAAGGAGUUUGUCUUCGACACCAUCCAGAACCACCAGUACCAGUGUCCCCGGUACCCUGUGCCGUGCCCCAACCAGUGUGGGACACCCAGCAUCCCCCGGGAGGACGUGCCCACCCACCUCAAGGAGAGCUGCAACACUGCCAUGCUGCUGUGCCCCUUCAAGGAGGCUGGCUGCAAGCACCGGUGCCCCAAGCUGGCCAUGGGUCGGCACCUGGAGGAGAGCACCAAGGCACACCUGGGCAUGGUGUGUGCCCUGGUGAGCCGGCAGCGGCAGGAGAUCCUGGAGCUGCGGCGCGACAUGGAGGAGCUGUCAGUGAGCAGCGACGGGACCCUCAUCUGGAAGAUCGCCGACUACGCCCGCAAGCUGCAGGAGGCCAAAGCCCGCAGCAACUACGAGUUCUUCAGCCCCCCCUUCUACACCCACAAGUACGGCUACAAGCUCCAGGUCUCGGCUUUCCUCAACGGCAACGGGAGCGGGGAGAGCAGCCACCUCUCCGUCUACAUCCGUGUGCUGCCGGGAGAGUACGACAACCUGCUGGAGUGGCCCUUCUCCUACCGCGUCACCUUCUCCCUGCUGGACCAGAGCGACCCCUCGCUCUCCAAGCCCCAGCACAUCACCGAGACCUUCCAUCCCGAUCCCAACUGGAAAAACUUCCAGAAGCCGGGAGCCUCGCGCAGCUCCCUGGACGAGAGCACCCUGGGCUUCGGCUACCCCAAGUUCAUCUCCCACGAGGACAUCAGGAAACGGAACUACGUGCGGGAUAAUGCCAUCUUCAUCAAAGCCUCGGUGGAGAUCCCCCAGAAGAUCCUGGCCUGAGCCCUUGAGGGGGGACAGGAUGUGAGUGGGGCGCCCACCCAGGGGUGCCCCAAGUGGUGCUGAGCCCCUGCCCGCAGUCAGUGCUCCCGGCUUGGGGACGCUGCUGUGGCGCAGUGGUGGCUCUCAGGAUAGGCAGGGAUGGGGCUGCUCCCAUGUCCCUGCUGGGGCUGGGAUGCUCUGGCAGCCCCAGCUGCCCCCUGGGGCAGCCCCUUCUCAGGUGCCCGGGGGUGCCGGGGGGCUGGGCCCCCCAAGCCUCUCACUGGGGCACCCAACAGCCCCUGCCAGCCUCACUGGGGACCCCGCAGGACCCCACUGCCCAGAGCCAUAUUUUGUAAGCUGGUGCUCCCCAGGUUGUUAUUUAUUUCCCUGAGCCGGGGCCGUUGCCCCCUUCCCGCCUCUUUUUUUUCUCAAUAAAGUUUUCUUGUAUUUAUUACGGC